AUGAGUGACGAUAGGCGCGGGCACCUCCCGUUGUCACGCGGGGACGAGUUCAUGAUGGACAUUGACGGACGCCUGGUCGGCGACGAGCUGUACGACAUGCCAUUGACGCUGCACCUCGAAGUCGACAGUUUCAGCGACCUCUGGGCUGUCCAGGACGCACAACACGCCGACCUUGGCAUCGAUGAACUGAUAGCGUGGGACAGCGGAAGUCCUCUGGAGGAACACGGCGACGUGGGCAGCGUGGCUAUAUACGACCUUGGCGUUGCUCCGCGGCCUCAGUGGCGUCCGGGGAACGCUGCGGGUAUGAGCGAGGCGCAGAAGAGGGCUGCGGGGUUCAAGCAGGUACACGCCAAGACCAACGCGGCGUUCAUGUUGUGCGGCUGCGACCCCGACAACCAGCCGUGCCCCGUGGCCUCCGUGGGACAGACGGUGCAUUUCGACCGCCGGCCCAGCGUGAACUGCCUCGCGAUGGAGGACAACAUCAUCUUUUGGGAGGUGCUGCCUGCCGGGAUGCCGCCGGCGUUGCUUGGGGCGGCUGCGAAUAUUUUCGUGCCCCGCCUGGUCGAGGAGGUCGUGAGGGGCGUGCACUCGGUUCUGUGGGCGGGCCACCGGGUGGGGCCCAACUAUGACGUCCCGCUACAGGAUGCCAUGGAGCGGCUGGCGGGGUGCAGGAGCGCGAGGAACCGGUACGUGUACGUAAUGGAGGUCUUUUUCCGGGGGCGCAACCGGGCGUCUACGGCGCACCUCGGGUACGAGCUGAACGAGGGGUUCCGGGACUUCGUGGUGCGGUCGGGGGCGCGGUGGCCGGGGAUGGUGCUGUCGCGGGAGGCGAUCGGGGAGCUGCUUCAGAGAUACGGGCGGAAAGGCGCCAGGAUCAGGCAUGUGGAGGAACAGGAAUAG